UAUAACUGCAUUACAGUAUUCAGAUGAAGUAUUGAUCGACAGUGUGUGUUGUGUUGGCUACUGAAUUUAUUGAUUGACAACUUAUGUACUUGGUUGUAAGCACACAGUAUUAGUGCGUUAAUGUUAGCAGUGUUUGUGUGUAAAAAUGUUUAAACAAUGGUAGAUAUUGAUGGUGGCAGUUUAACUUUAAAAUGCAGCAUGAACGAUACUUCGAACGUUACAACCGCUAGUACAGAAGCAGAGUGUCCGGUUGUGGAGCCGGACUGUGCUGAGUGGACGGACGUGGAUACGGGAUCCAUCUUCGCCACCUAUCUCCGAACCAGCGGCUGUCUGCUGUACGGACAGCUGCAGCAGCACGGCCACCAACAGGAUGGACUUACCACAUUUCGGCUGAGUGAAUCCCCCUUUCUAUGUGCACAUCACAGCGACGAAAGGACCAGUAAUUGUCUGAAGUACGCAAUAUUGCCAGAAAACAAUAAUGAACCUCUGGAUUAUUCACGGACUAACAAUAAAUUGGUAAGAAUAAGAAAAAUACACAGCUUGAAAAACGGAACUGUAAAUCUAUCAAAUUGCAGUUUGACAAGAAAAUCGGUUACUUCCGCCAUUAAUUUGACUCGAGCUACCAACAGCAGGCCCGAGAAGGACAAUUGUAGGAAAAGGGCUUCAGCAACGCUCAGCACACAACGGCUGCUCGACUGCCUGAUAGCUGAGACCCUGGAUACACCAAAGGGGAAGGACCCAAGCUCCAUCAUAGCCACUUACAUCUCAAAGUUCAAGGGAAUAAAAACAGGGCGAAAAUCUCCCGAGAGCCGAGAGUGCUGCAAGGCGGAGCAGAGCCGCGGACAGACCGAGGUAGGGGUUAAUGGGUGUCACCUGUCCUUCAAUCAAGAAGCCUCCCUGGACCAGCAGGUGGAGCGAUAUCUGAAACAACUCCUACAGGGCCCGGGAAAGAGCAAACACACCGGAGAUUAACACGUGACAGUUUCAGUUCCUAUUAUGAAGUGAGCAAAUGCUGAGAUUUAAAGAUCGAUACAUUAUGGUUUGAAAUGUUCGGUUAUAAUUGACUGUAUCAAAUAACAUUUUUGUUUAUUGAAAUGCAUCAUUAAUAUGACAAAGUUUAAUCCAAGAAUGCCAUUAAUCGCUAACCAUCCUAAAUGGCUUUAAAGCUGCACUCUCUCAGAUCUACCGUUUUACAACUUUUUUUGUCUACGCCAAUAGACCCCUAUCACUCUGAUGCGUGUCAACCAGACCGUCUUUAUGGUGAGAGGUUGGCAUGUAUAGCACAAGGCCAUUGCCACCCUGUUGGGGCUCAAACCCACAAUCUCUUGGGCGAGAGGCCGACAUUAUUAAACUGUAGCAUCAUAUGCAAUUGAAAGUUUCGACUGAGAUAACAGCACUGGCCAAGUUCACCAACAGAAGAUGUGCUCAAGGGAACCAGUAAAGCCACCCAGAAAACAGCUCAUGAUCGCUUAGUUUAAACAUAUUUUAUUUUACAUACAUUGUAUACAUCAAACAUCAGAUUGCAACAUUCUGUGUUUCACUAUUUUAUACUAAAACGGAUAAAAAUUAAAGCAGAGCUUAUAAUGUUUUGCUCUGAAUAAUUUUACCUACAAGUAGUUGAAUGCUCACUUAAGACGGUUAUUUAUGUAUGAAUAUUCGUAUUCAAUAUGUUAACAAUAUUCAAUGAUAAAAUGAACUAAUGCAA